AUGAUACAGCUGGAGGAGCAAGAGGCGAAGAAGCAGGAGCGGAUACGCGAGCAGGUUCAGAAGGAGCAUGAGGAAAAGCUCGGCUCUGCUGAGGAGAUCUACGGAGAACAGGCAGCGCCGGCGGCGGUUUCGACCGCUGGAGAAGUCGUAGAUCAGGCAGGAGAAGCCACCGCAAAACGGGCGCAGGCGACCACGGGGAGGACAGAAAUCAUAUCGCGCAUCAGCGAUGAAACGGUGGCUAAGAUUUGCGCGCUUCCGACUCCUGAGGCUCAAGAACGGGCUCUGCAGAUGCUCCUAAAGGAGGACUAUCCAACGGUCUGGAGGAAGUUAACGACGCAGCAGCGCGCCGCCAUCACCAAGCUGAGGGUCGAGAACAAGACUUUCAAGGCCGUAUCUAUCGGGGACAUGAGGAAGAGAGGGAAGCGCGACUUGUCCCCGCUUGGUCUGACCUUCUCGGCCUUCCUGUUCGUCACUGGCAUGCGGGCGAGCCUCAGGAGCAUGUCAAACCAAAGGAAGAGGGUGAAAGUGGAGUCGGCAAAGUUUGAUGCCGAAAAGGACGAAUUCAUGGACGUCGACGGGGAGGCUGAGUUUGACGUCGACAUCAUGAAGGAACUCAGGGACAUGAAGGAGAAGAUGGCCGGGCCGGGCGAUAGUUACGCCAAGGACACCCGGGCCUACAACCCCGACUUUGCCGCGGCUGCGGGCGACGAGGAAGAGUACGACAAGAAGAUCAAGGAGGCUUUGGAGGGCACCGGCAAGGCCGGAAAGUCGAACAAAGGCGAGACGAGGAAAGUGUUCACCAACGAACCUACCACCGGUCCGACCGCGGCUUCCGGGGACCAAGACCUGCUGGGUGGCGAUGGCAAUGCCGGGGCCGAUACGAGCGGGGGUGCCGCAAGCGCGGCUGCGGAGGCGAAGAAGCAAGCGGACGCCAAAAGGCUGGAGGACCUGUUCAACAACUCCUCUAUCGACGAGCCCGAAGACGACAACGCGGACGGCAGGGAACGCUUGCCGUAGGCACGAGACAGACGACAGACUACAUACCGUCAGAGUACGCGGAGAGACCGGCUUUCAAUACUCGAUUGCUUCGCAACCAAGAGGUUGCGGGAAAAUCCCAACUGGACGCCCUCGACGAGAUUUUUCC